ACUGGCUGCCUGGCUGCCUGUCGACCUUCUGCAGCAGCACGCUGCCCCCGCUGCUGCUGCCCCUGCUGCUGCUGCUGCUGCUCCGCCUGCCGUUGCGGUUUCCUGUCUCUCCUGACGCCGUUCGAAACUAAAAAGACAUCGAUUUUUUUUUAUGUAUUUGGCUUUAAUGCAGCCGCUCAUGAGUGAUGAACAGUAGCGCGAUGGGAUCCCUGAAGGCUCUCCAGGAGUGGUGCCGGAUACAGUGCGAGACCUACAGCGAUGUGGAAAUCAGGGACAUGUCCGCGUCCUUUCGGGACGGCUUGGCGUUUUGUGCCAUCAUACACCGCCACAGACCAGACCUGAUAGACUUUCAUUCACUGUCUAAAGAAAAUGUCUAUGAGAACAACCGUCUGGCAUUUGAGGUGGCGGAGGUGGAGCUGGGAAUUCCAGCCCUGCUGGACCCAGAAGACAUGGUGUCCAUGAAAGUGCCGGACCGGCUGAGCGUCAUCACAUAUGUGUCUCAGUACUAUAACUUUUUUAACAACAAGUCCCAAGCAAACCCCCCGUCUAUGAAGAGGCUCAGUACAGUUAGCCAUAAUGAACCAGCUCAAAAAAGGCCGUCGACUCCUUUAGAAGACAAAGUGGUUGAGCCUGAGACCGGUGCAGAGGUGGCUGCAGCGGCAAAGCGCAGCAGUCUGAGCAGCACUUGUGCUGCUUGCCAGAAACACGUUCACCUGGUGCAGAGGUUCCUCAUCGACGGCAAGCUCUACCAUCGGAACUGUUUCAGGUGCUCAGAGUGCCGCAGCACUCUGCUUCCUGGAUCCUACAAAGGAAAUAACUCCGGGGCGUUGGUGUGUGCACACCAUCUUUCAAGACACGCUUCAGCCAGUCAGAACGGUCGUCCAGAUCUCAGCAAGAAACCAGAGGACGUUCAGUCUGCUCGGACCGGCCGCAGUGCAGUCCCCUUCCCCGCGCUCUCUGAGAGGGAUGAGGCGAAGACCCCUUCUCCAGUUCGCUCAACAAGCACUGAGAUGCUAGCUAAUGACACGGUCACAGCCACUGCUGUAGUAACAAGUAAAGAAGAGUCUUUGGGUGAGGAAGAAGAGGAAGCGCGUCCUUCUUCUCCUCCUAAUCCUUUCGAUGAAAGUGAUGAAGAGGAGGAUGAGGGUGAAAUAGAGGAAGAAGCUCAAGCUAAAGAAGCUUCAAAUGGGGAUCUCCCUCCUCCUUCUGAUGGUGAAGCUGCUGAAGCCAGUCGACCUGUUCCUGCACCCAGGAGGGUGUCAGAGGUCACCCCUCCACCUCGCCCAGCGCCUCGGGUUCGGAUGUCCUGCACCGCAAACAGCUCCCCAGCCGGUGAACAUCUGAAGCCUCCUGCUCCUCCCAAACCAAGAGAAAGAUCACAGUCUCCUGGAAGUGGCACCCAUAAACUUAAAGACCCACCUUGGCUUGCCCUGGUCCAAUCAGAAACUAAGAGGAAGAAAGCCCCUCCGCCGCCCCCUCCUGGAGUGGCAUCGCCCCCAAACACGGGCUCUCUGCCUUCUCUCCAAGCAGAGGGCUCUGGACCCACCACGCCCCCCAACCCAUUUGAGGACGAGGACGAUGAAGUCAGUGAAGAGGGAAGCGAUGGAGGAACGGCUCCACCCGCAGUGGCGGCCACCCACCCAUGGUACAACAUCACUCACACGCCUGAGGGGCCAGGUUCAGAGGUCACGCCCAGAACAGGAAGUUCGUCCCGUUCUGCCAGCCCAGGCAGCGCGAAGAGCAAGAAAAGGCCGGCCCCUCGGGUUCCCCCCCAACCGGCUACUGGGAACCAAGCUUCCUCUCACUCGCAGCCCUCCUCCUGUUCUCCUUCUCCAGCUCUCAGCAUAGAGAGUCUGUCUUCCUCCUCAGACCACAGCUCCUCCCAGCUCCCACUGGGCGCCAGCAGCGACCAGGAGCAGAGCUUCAGCAAGAGUGUCUCGGAACCGUCCAUCUCGUCACCCGGCGACGACCCGUCGUCCUCGUCCUCAGCAGAUCUCCUGAACCAUUCCUCCCAAAGCUCCUUCCCGUCUGCUUCGCCUCCCAAUGCCAGCUCUGCUCCGGCCACUCCGCAGACCAGCCGCAACACUGGAGCCAGGCCACCUCGACCGGCCACCACUCCCAGCCCGCUGACCACGCAGGCACACAACAAAAGGUUUUGUAAGGAGAAUCCCUUCAACAGGAAAGCUUCUCCUUCCAAUUCUAAGUCUGAAACGCCACCUUCCAAAGGUCCUCGUCCUGCCAGACCCCCGGCACCAGGACACGGCUUCCCACUUAUCAAACGCAAGGUGCAGUCGGACCAGUACAUCCCAGUAGAGGACAUCCAUGCGGAGUUGCUUCAGCUGGAGAAGCAGCUGGAUGAGCUGGAGCAGAGAGGGGUGGAGCUGGAGAAGAAGCUGAGAGACACUCCUAACGACGAGGAUGAGGAGCGCCUCCUGGUGGACUGGUUCACUCUGAUUCACGAUAAACAUCAUUUAGUGCGACGUGAAGCUGAGCUGGUUUACACUGCAAAGCAGCAGAACCUGGAGGAGAGGCAAGCUGACGUGGAGUAUGAGCUGAGGUGUCUUCUUAACAAACCAGAGAAAGACUGGACCGAGGAGGACAAGAGUCGGGAACAGGAGCUAAUGGCAGAGCUAGUUACCAUCAUUGAACAGCGCAACCAAAUAGUUAACAGCAUGGAUCAGGAGCGACAGAGGGAAGAAGAAGAAGACAAAUUAAUGGAGGCCAUGCUGAAGAAAAAAGACUUUCACAAGGAUCCAGACAGUGACCACCAGAAGAAAAAAGGGACAAAGUUUAAACCCAUCAAGGUGCUGAAGAGGCUGAGCCAUAAAGGAGACGCAGGAAAGAGCCAAAGCCCCCGCAAGGACAAAAGCUGAGGAGCAGGGACUUGUUGGAUUGUUUUAACAAGACUAAAUACGUUUUUAUUAAAAGCAGAAUUAUGAAACAUAACAGACCAACAAGAGAAACUUCACCUGCAACCUGGCAUCUGCUCACAAUGCUUCUAAAACGUCUGCAGUGACUGUUUCCAUCUGUCUUUGUGUUUCAAAGCGAUGGUCUAACAACGAGGGCUUUCUGAGCGCUGAGUAGUAAACAUGGUGAAGUGUGAGGGACGCUUUUAUUGCGCCACACUGAUUUGUUUUAUUUCCAAGCUUUAAUCUUCUGGUGUUGCUCAGUGACCAUGAAGGCAAGGCAGAGGAUCAUGUUUUAAACUUUUUGUUUCACCUUGAUCUCUGAGACCCCCAAGUCAUGGUUUUAUUGUAGGGAACUUUGUGGGAGAGGAUCCGAUGUCUGGUUUCUGUAAUGCUCUGACCUUCCGAGACGGUUUUUAUCCAAAUCCAGGUUUACUUGGGGAAAUGAGAGGAGUUUUCUUUAGGAAGAAAACUGCAUUCAAAACAUCCUUUUACACAUUUCUUGCCCUAAAUAGUCAAUCACGGUUAAUCUUGGAAACAGAGACGGUUUGAGACUGCAUCUGAGAAUAUAUAAUGAUAAAUUUAUGUUGAAAACCAGAAAGAAUAGAACAGCCCAACUACAGUUAAGGGGUGCACCGAAUGCAGUUUUCUGGCUGAUCGCUGAUUACGGAUCUUGAAAAAGCCUGAGUUGCCAUUUUGGAUUUUGGCACCUUUUUUUUUUUUGUUUUUUUGUCUGAAAUGUUGCUGAAUUGGCAGCUGUUAACUGCAAACCUGCAGACAGGACCUGGUGGGCUGGUGAAUCAGUCACACUUCUCACAGGAGACAAGAAGAAGUGGCUGAUUUUUAGGUCUUUGCUGAGGUAGAUGAUUGGGGGAUAAGAUUGACUUCACAUUGUAAGUCUUGGACAAUCACCGAUCUCCAAACAUUGAGAAAAUCUUCACAGAUACAUCGGUACACCCCUAAUCUAUGAAUGUAAUUCAUUCAGCCCUAGUGUGACCUACUGAAAGUGUCACUCUCUCUCGUUCUUCUGCAGCCUUAUUUGCAAAAGCAUUUUUUGUUUUCAACAAAGUUCUUACAGCAGUGGCGCUUCUCCUAACUACAUUUUAAACACCCCACAGCUACAGAAAAUAUUCUCUAUACUGUAACAGCGUCCACAGCUCAGAUUUUUGUUACUGUGACCUGUACGGUGCGUUCAAUGAUCAGUAAAAAAAACAUUUUUGAAUUUCAGUUUGGCUACUCACACGUCAAAGUCUUUUAAGGUUGUUGCAGACUACACAGAUUUACCUUAGGGUAAAGGGUCAGAAUAAAAUCAUUGUAACAUCCCAGCCUCUUGUACGACAACACACACUUUCCGCUAGCUCACACACACUCACAAAAUAAGCAAUGGGGGAAGUUAUGAGGGUUAUUACCUUAGGGUAAAGGUGAUCCUACUCCUUAAUAUCCCCUUUACUCCUUAGGAGAGAAGAUGGAUCUUUUAUUUGUUUCAACCCGUUUGGUUUGAACUGGUGGUACUAUGGUUUUUUUUUAGGAUGAUUGUGUUUUUGCUUUAAACUGCAGCAUUUUCCAACAAAAAGCUCAACCAGCAAAGUAUAGCUGAAGAAAUCCAGCUGCCAUAGUGUCUCUGAAAUACUUGCCGUUUGUUUGUGCCUGUGCUGGAAACUUACAGUAUUUAUGUGAAGUGUGUGUUUGGGGAAAAAAAGUGAAAGGGAGAAAAUGUUUUUUUUUUGUUGUUUUUUUUAAAUAACUUGUUCUGUUAUAGUUAUUAUCGGCUUAUCCGUCACACAUGCAAUAAUUAGAAUAAGCAAAAUACCAUUUUAUAGGAGCUUUAACUAUCAGGUUUACGUAGGCUUCUUUAUGCAUCCAAUAACUCACAUUACAAAGCCUUGCUGUUUGUAUAUUGCCUUAAGGUUCAUAGGAAAUCGUAUUUAUGAUCUUGCUGUUUGAGUGCCAUUUAUUUAACUGCGCAUGUGGAUGAAGGUCUGCAGAGUUCAUGUAAAUGUGUGUGUUUUUGCUCUGCUCAUGUUUUUGUCAUUUAGUUUCACUCCUCUGUCGUCGCUCUGCCUCCGCUCUGUGCUUGUUUUUUGUCCAGCGUGAACCAAGGGCUUCUGCCGCGCAUCUUUCUCGUCUCUACUGUAUUCUGCAACAGCUGCCGGAUUAAAUAACAUACUGACAGAUGUAGGGUGAAGAAUAAACCAAAUUUAUUUA